GAAAUAGCGAGAAGAUGGUAAAAAAAAAAUAGCGAGAAGAUAGAUAGAUAUGCACUGUUAUUAAUUUCAUCAACUCAUCACCAAAUUCACUUUGUUCCUUCCUACUUCUCUCUCUCUCUCGUCUUCACCAAUGGCGUCGUCGUCACCACCACCUUCUCUGUUCUUCCUCCUCCUCCUCGCUCUCUUCGCCGCCACGGCAUCCUGCCUCACCUGCACCACCCAAAAGCUCACCGACUCCAACAAAAAGCUCUUCUCCAACUGCCUGGACCUUCCCUCACUCGAUUCCUUCCUCCACUGGACCCACGACCCCGCCAACGCCUCCCUCUCGGUGGCCUUCGUGGCGGCUCCGCCCAAUCCCGGCGGCUGGGUGUCCUGGGGGAUCAACCCCAGCGGCACCGGCAUGGUGGGGGCGCAGGUGCUGGCCGCGUACAAGGCGGAGGGCACCGGUGCCGUCACCGUGAAAACGUUGGACCUUAAAUCUUACUCUGCCAUUGUUCCGGGGAAGCUGUCGUUGGACGUGUGGGACAUGAGGGGGGAAGAGGUCAGGGGUGUGAUUAGGAUUUUCGCGACGGUUAAGGUUCCGGAUAAGGCGGAGAGUGUUAACCAGGUGUGGCAGGUGGGGCCCUCGGUUACCGCGGGGAGGAUUGACAGGCAUGACUUUGCUCCCCCCAAUAUAAAUGCCAAGGGCGUCCUUAGCUUCAACGGGUCGCAGAGUGGUGGUGGUGGUGGUGGUGCCGUCGACCCCGUUACCAUGAAGAAAAAUAUUCAUGGAAUUCUAAAUACUGUGAGUUGGGGAGUUCUGUUUCCACUUGGAGUGAUCAUAGCAAGGUACAUGAGAACUUUUCCUUCUGCAGAUCCAGCGUGGUUCUAUCUUCAUGUUGGUUGCCAGGUAUCGUCUUACGCCAUUGGGGUUGCUGGCUGGGGAACUGGCAUGAAACUUGGAAGCCAAUCAGAGGGGAUUCAAUACAGUGCUCAUCGCUAUAUUGGAAUCUUCCUCUUUUCGUUUGCAACUCUACAGAUUUUCGCAUUGUUCCUGAGGCCAGUGAAGGAUCACAAGUAUAGGUACAUCUGGAACAUCUAUCACCACAGCAUCGGAUACAGCAUAAUUAUCCUGGGAAUCAUCAACAUCUUCAGGGGGUUUAGCAUCUUGCAUCCUGAUCAGAAAUGGAAAUCAACUUACACUGCAGUGCUCAUUGCACUUGGUGCAGUUGCCUUGUUCUUGGAAGUGAUCACAUGGAUUGUUGUGUUGAAGAGAAAGUCUGGCAAGUCCACCAAAACCUAUGAUGGACACAACAAUGGACAAUCUAGGGAAGACCCCCUAACCAUAUAAAAAUAAAGUGAACAAAUUUGGCUUGAAUGUGUUCUACUUCCCCUUUCCCUUCUUUCCCCCCCCUUUUUUUUCCUUCUAUUUAUAUGACACAUGAUAUCUUUGUAUAAUGCUUGCGUAUAAAAUAUAAAAUUUUCAUUGUGUCUUUAAAUAGGUUUAAGAAAAUUUUUACCAUUGGAAACUUAUUCACAUGAGGAUUGGAUUA